AUUUAAGCGUCUGAUUGAUCAAAAAGAAUGGCUAGGCAACGAUGAAAUAGAUGCAGUACUGUACUUACAUCGGGAAUCCACAUCUUUACGCCGACUGAAUUCAGCUCGUGUUGGGUUUAUGAGUUGCGAGUUUAGCGCGCGAAUCAAAAACGAAUACCCAAAGUUCAUGAAAAAUAAAAAGACCCACAAAUGGGAUAGUCGGCUUAUUGAUUUCGUCACCGGUGAGUCCCCAUCUCAUGGAAAGACGGGUAAAAGUUGGGCUUUGGAUUUCGACAGAAUUUAUGCUCCGGUAAACGUCAAUAAUAGUCACUGGAUUUCUAUUUGCGUCAACUUUGUUUUAAGAACUGUUGAAGUCUUCGAUUGUUUCGGCAACAACAACAGAAGAAACGUGGAAAUGUUUGCAUACAUCAUCCCAAGGAUUGUGAAAGACGUGCACGGGAAGGUAUAUGGAAAAGUCCCUCUAUUGACACAAUAUGAGAUAAUAAACGUCAAGGUGCCUAAAAAUCUGAACACUACUAUGUGUGAUUGCGGAGUGUAUGCAUUGAAACACAUUGAGUGUCAUAUGCUUAAUCUAAGCAUGGAUUUGAUAAACGAUGGGAACAUCAAAGAGGCGCGCAUGAAGAUUGCUGUAGACCUUUGGGAGGCUGCUCAUGAUCCUAUCUUAAUUGAGCGAAUGAAGAACUAUAAACCUCCACAUCAAUCGUCGGAUAUCCUUGAAAUUGAUUGAGAUUAAUUAGCAUUAUGGUGUUUUUUUUUGUCCUACUCUUGCGACAUGUAUUUUGUAUGACCUUUGUUUUUUUUUUCCUAAUUAUUUAGGCGUUUUAUGAAAGUAAGUUCCUUGAGUUCGUCUCUAA